AGGAAUGUCAAAGCUGCGGUUUUUCUUGGUGCAUAUUAGCCCAAUAAUUCCUCAAUAAUUCCAAUGCAUGCUCAUGUAGAAAGGCUCUGUGUCGGCUAUUACCAAUCAGAAAAGGCUCUGUGUCGGCCAGAACCAAUCAGAAAGCUGAAAGGCUGCGCGUGACCAGAUGACGUUUUCAGUGUAGCUCGUAAGCUCGAGAUUCAAUUUCAAGAUGGCUGAAGCGGGAGCAGACGCGGAGCCGACAAAAUUAAUACCAAAGAAAAACAGCACGUCGGUCAUUUGGCAGUAUUUUGGAUUUGAGGCCACUGAUGAGCACCAGAAACAGGUGAUUUGCCAAACAUGUCGUGGGAAAGUGGCUACAUCGGCUGGCAAUACCACCAAUUUACAUCGUCACUUGAGAGUCCACCACCUUAACUUGUAUGAGGAUUGUAUGGCGAAAAAGAGCCUUGAAACAUCAAGUAGCAGUGAUACUUCAGCAAAACAGCCAACCAUAACUUCAUCCUUUGCCAGUUUGACGCCUUAUGAAAGAACUAGCCGAAGACACAAGGAGAUUACCACUGCCGUAACGAAUUACAUAUCGAAGGAUAUGGUGUCUGUAAACACAGUAACCAAAGACGCUUUUAAAAGUUUGCUACGCACAAUGGACAAGAGGUAUGUUCUACCCUCCCGCACCUACUUUAACCGAGUCGCCAUCCCACAGCUGUACGGAGAAUGCAGGGCCAAAGUUCUAAAUGAGCUGGAAAACAUGGAGUUUUACGCGUCAACUACGGAUCUGUGGUCAAGUAGAACGACCGAGCCAUACAUGAGUUUGACGGUGCAUUUCGUGAAUGCAAACUUUGAGUUGAGAAGCCGCUGCCUGCAGACAGCAUACUUCCCCACUGACCAUACGGGGGAGAACAUUGCAACUGGGCUUAAAGAGUGCUUGGCAAACUGGGGCCUAAAAGAAGAGGCCCAGACCUGCAUCACAACAGACAACGCCACGAACAUGGUCAAAGCGAUGGAGCUCAAUCAGUGGACCAGACUGCAGUGCUUCGGGCACCGGCUGCAUCUUGCAAUUGAAAAUGCAGUCAAAGAUGACCAACGCAUCAAACGGGCCACAGGACUGUGCAAGCAGCUGGUAGCAGUCUUCAGCCACAGCUGGAAGAAAAAGGCGGCGCUAAAACAGGCACAGGAAGACCUGAAUCUUCCUCAGCAGUCAAUGGUCACCGAAUGUCCGACACGAUGGGGCUCCCGGCAGAAAAUGAUUGAGAGGGUGUUGGGACAGAGCAAGGCACUGUGCCAAGUUCUGUCUGAAGACAGGAAGACGCGGCACCUGGUCCCGACUUGGCAAGACACUGAUGUGCUUGAAUCUGUAAACAAUGCUCUCGGUCCUCUUCAGGAGUUCACAGACGCCCUCUCAGGUGAGGACUAUGUGAGCGUAUCCUACCUAAAGCCAGUGCUCCACCUGCUGAGAACAGCAACACUUGCUGUAACUGACCAAGACACAGAUCUCACAAAGGAGAUAAAGUCAAAAGCUCUCCACUACAUUGAAGAGAAAUACAGUGACCCAGCGACCCAGGAACUCCUGGACAUUGCAUCUUUCCUCGACCCAAGAUUUAAGACCAACUACAUUAGUGAGGAGAAUGUCCAAUUCAUGAAAGACAGAGUGAAGAUGGAAAUGGAGCAGUUGGCACUAAAGGAGCAGAGGGCUUGUGUCAAAACCCAUCCCAUGCCACUCAGUACAGAAGAAGAACCACCAUCCACCUCUACAAAGCGAAAGCGGUCACUGGGCAGCUUUUUCAAGGCGGUCCCUGCUUCCUCUACUAUGCAGUUGGAGGAUACCAUUAAAGCAGAACUGGACAACUACCUCAUAACUCCUAGCAUUGAUGGAGAGCAAGAUCCACUGGCCUGGUGGAGAGUGCACAAUGUCAACUUCCCCUGGCUUAGCAGGUUGGCUCGUAAGUACCUUUGCAUACCAGCAACAAGUGCACCAUCAGAGAGACUGUUCAGUGCCAGUGGUAAUAUUGUCACAUGUCAGCGUGCAAGUCUGAAGCCAGCAAGGGUUGACAUGUUGGUUUUCCUGGCCAAAAAUCUCUAAAGAGAUGUAGCGAUGAAGGGGAACAUUGUUUUUUCAUCUUAUCCUGAAAUCCCUUACUUGCACUUACCGGGACAUAACUUUGUUCAUCUUUUUUACUUAUCUUUUGUUUACUGACUAUGUAAAAUAAUUUAACCAUUCUGGCAUCAUUUGUUGUGAGGAAAAUAUAGGAUAAUUUAAACUUUAAUACUAUUAUUGUACUGUUAUUUUUUACUACCUUUUAUGUUUCAAUUCCUCUUGCCACUUUAUUUGAAGAAGCACAGGUUUCUAAGUACAGGGGUUGUAUUUCUGUAACUGCUCUGUUUAUGUUCAUAAGCUAGCUCCUUUGAGCCAUUUUGCACUUCUUUUAAGGUAAGACUUCAUUUUUGCUCAACUUUGUUGUUAUAUGUUAUAUUUUUUAUGAAGCUUAUGUUAUUUUACAAAGUGCAAUUGUUUUGAUGCUGCUGAGCCAUUAAUAUUUUUUUAAUGAAAAGUGUAAAAGAAGCAAAAGUUUACUUAAGAGGGCUCCCGUCCCUUUGUAAUUUUUAUGUAGCCUACGUUAUUUUACAAAAGUGCAAUUAUUUUGAUGCUGAUGAGCCAUUGAUGCUUGAUAUUUUUUGUUAAUGAAUGUAAAAGAAGCAAAAGUUUACAAAGGAGGGUUCUCAUUUUAUUUGACUUUUUUGGAUAAUAUAAUUUGUUUCUUAGGUGCUUGAAUAAACAGUCUUGCAUUUGAAA